CCACACACACCCGUCACUCACAGAGCAGCACAGACCAAUCUCUACACUACACAAAAAAGAACCCUCUUUCCUUGCACAGAAUGGCCGCCGCAGCACCUCCACCGCCGCCAACUCCGGCGCCGGAGCCCGCCAUGAUCCUCCCGGAAAAGGCCCCAGUGGGUCACCCUCUCUUCACCCGCAUCCGUCUAGCCACCGUCUCAGACGUUCCCCACAUCCACAAACUAAUCCACCAAAUGGCCAUCUUUGAACGCCUCACCCACCUCUUCUCCGCCACUGAAUCCUCUCUCUCUUCUACCCUCUUCUCUCCUUCUUCCCACCCAUUCCACUCCUUCACCAUCUUCCUUCUAGAAACUUCAAGCAACCCCUUCACUCCCUCACCCUUCGACUCCAACCCCUUCUACACUCCCUCCCUCAAAGUCCUCAACCUGGAUUUGCCCAUCCACGAUCCCGAGAGGGAAACCUUCAAAUGCCAACACGACGACGAUGUUUGCGUCGCUGGGUUUGUCUUGUUUUUCCCCAACUACUCCAGCUUUUUGGGGAAACCUGGGUUUUAUGUUGAGGACUUGUUUGUUAGGGAGUGUUAUAGGAGAAAGGGUUUGGGGAGAAUGUUGCUCUCUGCAGUGGCCAAACAAGCCGUGAAGAUGGGGUAUGGCAGGGUUGAGUGGGUUGUGCUUGAUUGGAAUGCCAAUGCUAUCAGGUUUUAUGAAGAGAUGGGUGCUAAGGUCUUGCAGGAAUGGAAGAUUUGCAGGUUAACUGGGGAGGCUCUUCAGGCUUAUGGAGGUUCUGAUUAAAAAAAUGUUUCUUUUUUUAUUUGAGAACUUUUGAGUCAAGAAACUCGUAAUGGCAUUGAAUAAAGUGGUGUUAGCCAAUUUCUAUACGUGGAAGCAUCUUGAUUCUUGAGGCUUCUUUCGGUUGUAUCAAGAAGAAUAUUUAUCUAGUGAACCGCUUCCAGGUGUCUCUUGGGUCCUGAUUUCGGGUGCUUUUUUGUUGUCAAACAGUGGUUCAUUAUCAU